UACUUUAACUUUACACGUGAUCUCAUUCAAUUCAUACUCACCGUACUAGAAAUGCUGAAAUUAUCAUUUUUGCUAUCAACGUGUAUUUUGGCUUUGUACGCUGACUGUCGAUCAUACCUACGGAGUAAUGCAUCACAUGACAAAGCCCCGUUAUGGCUCAAACCGAAGGGAACGUUAUAUGUUUUACAGGAACCUCAGGGAUCUCAUUUCCAAUGGAAUGCAGGAGAAAACGUUUUAAUCGGAUGUGCUAAUUCAAAAAAUAAGAUCGUUGAAGUAAACGAGCAUCUGGCCAAUGUAUCUUGUGUGAGACAAUUGGAGUUUAAACUCAAUGGAAGAACGGUUCUCCACGAUAAGCUCAACUGUUCUUCUGGCAUUUCAAGUUCGAUUAAACCUCAAAAUCGACCUUGUGCCGGUGGAACAGGUGCUCUUUUUGACGUUGGUUAUGAAGUUUUAGGCAUACCAUUUAUCAAACUUUUUAUAUCAUGUUAUAGCUUAGAAAGAGCAUCAGUAAUUUAUACUGAGCAUCAUAUUCUAGGACGAUCUAUGGAUGCUGCGCAAAUCAAUAACGAUCGUCCUGCAUUCAGAGUUGGAGGAUUAAACAGCAAGGUAAAAUUUUCUUCAGUCUACACCCAAAACUCUCAGCGAAAACGGCUUGGAGAGCUGCUAGGAUCAGAAGCUGAAGCACACAAAUAUAUUUCCUCCUCUUCGUUCUUAGCGAAAGGCCAUCUCACUCCAGAUGGAGAUUUCGUUCUGAACACAUGGGCUUCAGCGACAUAUUUCUAUAUAAACGCGGCGCCUGAAUGGCAGAUUAUCAAUGUUGGAAAUUGGAUACGCGUGGAAAAUGCUGCCAGAGCGGUUGCCGCACGGCUCAACGAUACCGUGACUGUUUUCACUGGAGUAUACGAAAUUCUCACACUGCCGAACGACGCUGGUCAGCCAGUUCCAAUAACACUGUCAGAGAACUCUCAGCUGGAGGUACCCAAGUGGUUCUGGAAGGUGCUACACCAUGUGAACUCGAAUUCAGCUGUGGCGUUCGUGACGUUGAAUAAUCCUUUCGCUCAGCAGGGUGAAUAUCUCUGUCAGGAUGUUUGUGACCGUUUCGGAUGGGGCCAGAACGAGUUUAAGGAUUUAGGGAAAGGUUUCACCUACUGCUGUACCGUGCAGGAGCUUCGCAAAGCAAUCAAGUUCAUUCCAACGAAAGCAGACACUCCCAACAUUCUUCGAUUUAAUUAAAUUGUUCUCUAUUCUAUGAGCACUAUGCGUUUUGCAAAAGCUAUCACUUCCAUGUGCAAAUUAUGUGCGAUACGGAUAAAUAAAAAUAAAGUUUGCUCUUUACGUUUGAACUGAAGAGAAUAUUUGCAUCAUACUGCGAGAUGUUGUUUUUGUGUAUGCCACUGAAAACAAUAAUUAUCGAUUUUUAGUGUCAUUCAUAAGGGGAUU